AUGCGAAAGAACCUGCCGUGGGAAGAGGGUGGGGUUUAUUCGGGAUAUUGUCCACAAUUACUGAGAGGGUUGUCCCCCGACUUAUGGCUGAUAUAUUUCAAUGUUGCCCGAGCAAUCGAGCUGCUGGAGAAGUUACAGCGAAGCGGCAACGUUCCCCCACAGAAACUGCAGACGCUGCAGCGGGUUCUUCAGAGCAAGUUCUGCUCUGCCAUCCGUGAGGUGUAUGAACAGCUUUACGAGACUCUUGACAUCAGCGGCAGCCCUGAGAUCCGAGCUCACGCAACAGCCAAGGCAACAGUUGCAGCAUUUGCAGCCAGUGAGGGACACGCACAUCCCCGAGUUGUGGAACUUCCUAAAACAGAGGAAGGUCUUGGCUUCAACAUAAUGGGCGGGAAGGAACAGAACUCCCCAAUCUAUAUAUCCCGAAUUAUACCUGGAGGGGUCGCAGACAGACAUGGAGGUCUUAAACGGGGGGACCAGUUACUCUCAGUAAACGGUGUGAGCGUGGAGGGAGAGCAGCAUGAGAAGGCCGUGGAGUUGUUGAAAGCUGCGCAAGGCACGGUGAAGUUGGUGGUGAGAUACACACCUAAAGUCCUAGAAGAGAUGGAGGCACGCUUUGAGAAAAUGAGGACAGCUCGCCGCAGGCAGCAACACAACAGCUACUCGUCACUGGAAUCCCGAGGAUAGCCGGUUUGAUCUCCUGUUUCCAGAGGUGGUCCUGGUACCAAGCAUGUGAUGCAGCUGUUGUGCGUGUAGCCAAGUGACCCCCUCCACACUGUAGGUCUGACCAUGACAAUCGCUGCGAGCUUAGUUAAUGUGAAAUGGGGCAUCACCUUUUCACAGAUAAAUGUUCAGUGCAUGUUAGAGAGUUGGGCGAGGUGAAAAUUCCAGAAUGUGUAUGUUGGCAACGUUUUGGUGUUAAUGUCCUCACACACCAAAGUAUAAUGCUGCAGAUGCUGGAAAUCUAAAGCAGAAACAGGAAAUACUCAGCCGUUCAAGCCGCAUCUGUGGAGAGAAGCAGAGUUUAUAUUUUAGGUCAAUGGCUUAUUUAUUGUUUCUGAUGAAAGAUCGGCGACCCAGAACAUCAACUGGUUUUCUCUCUGCACACAUACUGCCAGAACUGCUGAGUGUCUCCAGCAUUUCUCUUUUUUUAUAGAUCAAUACAUCAUGGGUUUGGAAGCAAGUAGCGAAAGCAACAGAAGCUUUUCAGUGAAGUUAAUACCUCUCUAAAUGUUAAGGACUAAAAGUAGCAAAAGUCCAUAAUUGUGGUAAGUCACUUAUUUAAAAGUUAAAUGUGAAUAGAUAUUGUUAAAUGACUGACAAAAGUAGAAAUUGCUCGAAAAGAUCAGCAAGUCUGGCAGCAUCUGAGGAAGGGUCACUCAACCCGAAAC